UGUGUUCAAAUUUCAUUGGUUCAUCGUUGGUUAAUGUGUCGUGUGAGUUUCAUUUUCUAUUUUUUUUUUAUUGUGGAAAGGGGUAAGCAUUGACUAAUUUGCUAAAUACUUAAAAAUGCGUAACGUUGAAAUUAAAGCCAAAGUGAAUGAUAUUGAUGCAAUUUGUAAGAUUGCCCAGCAAUUGAGUGGUUCUCCACCAACUUUAAUCCAACAAGAUGACACGUUUUACAAAGUAAACAAAGGCCGAUUGAAGAUGAGGGUCUACGCAGACGACUCGGCAACUCUCGUGAGGUAUGAUCGUGAUGAUGAAGAAGGCCCGAAGCUGUGCGAUUACGAUUUGUUUCAAUUUUCUGUCAAUGAUAGAGAUAAGUCAAAAUAUUUGGAUGAUAUUCUGAAAAAGUGCUGCGGGACACGUGGUCGAGUUGUUAAAGAGCGAAGACUGUACAUGGUUGGUCAAACAAGAAUACACAUAGACAAAGUUCAAAACCUUGGUAACUUCAUGGAGUUGGAAGUAGUACUACGACCAGAACAGAGCUUAGAAGAUGGUCAAGAUAUAGCUAGAGAUUUGCAAAAUAAACUCGGUGUAAAAGAGGAAGAUUUGAUAGAUUGUGCUUAUGUUGAUUUGUUGGAUAAAAAUACGUAAUAUUGUUAUUGUAAGAAAUAAAAUGUGAUACUAGCAUGGAAUAAAUCAAAUCAAUGAAU